UGUACUCCCUCCGUCCGGGAAAAGUUGUCCGCGUGGCGAUUUUACAAAAAAACCCUCCCCAAACUUCCGACACAACCCGCACUCCUCAUCUUCUCCAGUCGAUGCUCCGCCGCUCCGACACAGGCGCAUGGACGCCGGAGCUCCCCUGCGCCGCGCUGCUCCACUGCUCUCUCACGCGUCCUCCGCCGCCGCCGCAGAUCCCUCCUCCGCCGCUCCCUUUUGCCUCGCGUAGCUCCGCUGCCUCCCUUGCCUGCCUCCCGAAUCUCCCCUCUUUCACCCCAAAAAUUGUUUCUUCUUCCUCCCGCCGUGUCUCUUGCUCGCGCCCACCCCUCCCUCCUAGCGUUGAUGGAAGAAGCGUGGCCAGCCCUCGGCCUGGCGGCCGGCGACUCUGCCUUCCGGCCCCCGCCUCCCCCCGGCACCAUCGCCCCGACCCCCGUGGCGUGGGGCGCGGCCGCGACGGCGCAGCGGGAGACGGUGGCCAAGGAGUCGUCCGCGCAGGCGGUAAGCCGGAUCGUGUCCAGCUGCGCCAACUCGAGCGGCCUGGCCGUGGCCGUCGUCGACGCCAACGCCUCCACCGCGGGCCGGCUGGUCACUAUGCCCGAGGUCCUCGAGGAGGUGCGCAACGCCGCAGCGCGCCGGAGGCUCGCGCUCCUGCCCACCCCCGUCGAGCCCGCCCCUGAGUUCCUCAAGCUUGAGAACCAGAGUAACUACUGUAUUGAGAACAUCAAAUUCAGACUCACAGCAGCAAAUUGAACAGCACCAGUAGCACAGGCGGGAGUGGCAGCAGAGGCGAGCUAGGGGAAAAGGCAAAAACAGCAUCAGAGGUCCACAGCGUCAGCGUUGCCCACCAAUAGCAGUGUCAGAGGCGGGAGUGGCCGGAGUUGUCCACGGCGCCGGCGGCUGAAGAUGAUAAAAUCGGAGGUGCAGGUGGGCGGCGAAGGUGGGCGAACGUUGGCGGCGAUCGUGGGCGGCGAGCUUCAACGGGCCCGGCGGCGUAGCUCGAGGCGGGCGCCGGCGCAGGUCGCCUUCAUGGCGGGUGGUGCAGGUGGGAAGCCGCGGUGUGGGUCCAAGCAAGCGGCGGCGCUGUUGUUGGUCACGCGCUGGGACGCGGCGCUGGCGUUGGUCGCGGUGCAGGUCUAGGCAGCCGGCGGCGCCCUGGUGGGUGGGUAGCCGGCGAUGGCUGCAAGGCGCGGGCGACGGAGGAGGAGGAAGGAAGGAGAUGGAGUUAUUCGUGACGUGUUUAAAACUCUGUGGGUUUUUUUGAAAAAAAACAAAUACACUGUCCCGUGGACAACUUUUCCCGGACGGAGGAAGUAUGUAUACAAGUCUUGGUAUACAAAAAAUCCAUAAAGAACUAA